AUGAUGAACAAUCAAUUUAAUCCCAAUAACAUAACUGGAGUUCAGGGCCAAUUGCCACCACCACCACAUGGCCAAUUGGCACAACAUGUUACAGUUUCUCCCCCCACACAAAAUAAUGCUCAUGUCUUGAAUACAUUUUAUAAUGCUCCACAACACCAACACCAUUUGGCGCAGCAUCAUCCAGCACUACCACCUCAACAACAACAUCAUCAUCAUCCACAGCAACAGUUGGCAACAGCGGCCGGUCUAUAUGCUGAUCCCAGGCAAUUACAAUUGGCGGCGGCAGCCGCAGCAUUGGGUGCAUCGCCACAACGAUUUUAUACCACAACGUCUGGACAAAGUUUGACAACAAGUCCACCGUCGGGACAUGCCACCACACAUCCCAACACCAUAUUGAUAACCAAUAAUUUUACACACCAACAACCAUCAUUGCCACAAAAUCCGGCAGAACAGCAAAGAAUAUCAGCUGCCUUGCAACAAGGUGGCAAUAUACGUAUUGUAAGCUCUUCGACGGCACCAGCAAAUGUAGCCUCGUCGGGGGGUUAUAUACCACAACAAACGUCGUCACAGCAUGUUUUCAAUUUGAACAAUUCAAAAACAUUGCAGCACAUUUUCCCCCAACAUUUGUUGCAGCAGCAACAACAGCAACACAAUUUCCAUCAUACUCCAACGGAAUUGUUGAGUCAACAUCAUUUUACAACAUCGGCAGCCGCUGGGCAGCAGCAUCAGCAUUUUAUAGGGGCUGCACCCUCGACCACAACACAAAAUAUCUCAAAUAUUGCAACAACACCACUGCACAUGCCACAGUAUUAUGUACCGGCUGGUGGUAAUGGUAAUUCCAAACAAAUAUUGGCCACAAAUUCUCCUCUACAAUCCGCCAAUGCCGGUGGAGCAGUAGCUGGUAGCCAUAAUCUCAAUAAUCCUUCCCCAGGUAAUAGUGGUGGUGGCGGCGGCGUCGGCGGGUCAUCAACUGUUGUCUUGGAUCGCAUUAAUAUUUGCAUCAACAACCUAUACACCGACACCACCAGCACCACUUCAUCAUCAUCGGCAUCAAAUUCUUUGGCCUCCACACCGGCCCAACAACCCUCGCCCAUUAUACCAGCCAUACAGCAUAAGGCCAUUAUUGAGACCGGACCACCACUAGGAAAUAACGGCAACAACAACGAUCCAUUUGAAUCAUCCUCUUCCUCCUCGCAUGCUUUGGUCAUUGAUGAGCCGGAUUCAACAACAACGGCCACAACGCCGCAUACACCACCCACAACACCGGAAAAUACACCACCCACGCCCUCCUCAACGAGUGUUGUUAAUAAAACGAAUGCAAAUAGCAUUUCGACAACAACAAAAAAUAUAUCGAGUCCCAUGGAGUUGCAGAAUUUGCCAUCGACCACCAAAACAAAAUUUGCAAAUGUGGCAGAAAAUAUUGAAAAAAUGGCCCAAGAGGAGACGAAGGCACCGAAUAAUAAAAAUAACAUCAACACCUCAACAAUAUCGUCAAGUAAUGUUGGGAACACCAACACCACCACGGUCAAUACACCUCUAACACCACCCACACCCCCCUCGCCGGAAUCUGUUGUAACAACUAACAGCAAUAAAGGCGGAAGUGGCACACCAACAGGACCCACGACAACAACAGCCUCCGUCUCAGUCGCUUCACCCCCACCCCCGCCAACACCACCUCCUCCCUUUAAUAAUGGUGAAGAUGUUUUCAUCAAACGACAAGAUGGUCGUUUCUACUUGGGCACCGUAAUUGAUAUGGCCCGCCAACAAUUUCUUGUACGUUUCGAUGAUAAAACCGAACAGUGGUGUAAUCCAGGGGAAAUGCGAAAACUUGGUGGUGGCGGCUCCGGCACUAAUUCUUCUUGCAACAACAACAAUAAUUCCAAUUCAUCCUCUACCAAUUCCAAUGAUAGCCAACAUGCGAAUCAACCACAACAACAACCUAUGUGUGUAUCAUGUAAACAACAGCAACCUGAUUCCAAGGUCGAAAUCUGUGAACGUUGUGGUCGUGGCUAUCAUCGUAAAUGUACUAUGGAAACGUCAAAAAAUAGUGGAAUAUGGUAUUGUAAACGUUGUGAUAAGCCCAUGAAAUUAUCCGCCCAUCCGGACGAUGAAGAUAUGGAUGUGGAGGAUGACGACGAUGAUGAGGAGGAGCCGGAGGAAGAGGAGGAUAUGGAGCCAUUGCAGGUGGGAGAUGUUUGUCAUCAAUUACCAUAUGAUCUCAAUUCCCUAACCUGGGACAACAAACACCGUGUCAAUGAACAACAAAUAUAUUGUUAUUGUGGAAAAUCGGGAAAAUUUGAUCAGAAUAUGUUACAGUGUUGGCAUUGUUUAAAUUGGUAUCACAUUGAUUGUACCCAGAAAUUCAAGGGCAAUCUUUUAAGGGGUGAUGUGUUCUUUGUGUUCUGCUGUACUGUAUGCAAUAAUGGUGAGGAAUACUUAAGACGUCUACAAGUCGAUUGGGUGGAUUUAUUGCAUCUGAUUAUCUACAAUCUAUCGACCAUGAAGAAACAUCAAAAUCAUAAAUAUCAUCAUUUGUUAAAAGACAUUUAUCCAUUUGCAUUGGAGAAACGUAAAAGUAGUUUACCCAUGCCAAAGGAGUGGAAAAUGAUGCCAGAAAAUGAAUUUCUCGAUAAACUCAGAUGCACGCUCAAAGAUAACCCGGACCGAUUUGUCGGUGGCAAAGAGUUAAAACGGGAUCACUAUUUCUUUGCAUUGCGGACAAAUGGGCCACCAUUUGUUCAACCACCGCCGAGUCUUAAAAGACGACGACAACACCAUCAGCUAAUUAAUGAUGAUUUCGUGAUGAAUAAAUUGAAAUUGAAACUAUUGCCAGAGGCCCCAGAAAAUUUAGAUAUUCAAUUUAAUCCAGUGCUAGAAAAUCUAAAUCAAACGCCAACAUCAAAACCGAAAACAACGUCCGACGAGAAUAAAUGUCCGAGGGAUAUUUAUGCAUUCGAUGAUACCUCAGAUGAUGAAAUACCUAUAAAAAUUAUUUUAGAUAAAGCUAAGAAGAAAACUAAAAGCACAGAUCAUCAGGAGGAGCAGGUGGAACAUGACAUGAAAUCGUCAUCAUCAACAACAACAACUUUAGGAAAAUUUGAUGUUGAAGAUGAUAAUGCCAAUGAUGCCAUCAUACCCAGUAGUAGUAGUAGUAUCCAAACACAAAAGGAUCAACAAAAUGCAUCCUCGUCACCCAAAAAAGAACAAAAAAUCCUAAACGAAAUCAAUGGCAAUAGCUUGGAUGAAAAACCACAAACCAGUUCGAGAAAACGCAAAGCCUUCUCGCUAACCAAAAGCUAUGUUGAAAAACAACGUUUAAUCGAUUCAUCGUCCGAUGAGAAUUCUAGCAGUAGCUCCCGUUGCACUUCGCUAGAUCUGAUUAUACCGCCACCAAAAAACUUUUUGGGACAAAAUAAUCCAUUCCGUCAGAUAACACCCAAAAAGAAAAGCCCCUCAUCUGCACAAUCGUUGUCGAGUGGUGGUGGCAGGAAAUCCGUUAGUUUUGGUCUGGUUAAUGGUUUGGAUUUUAGUUCGAAAUUGGCAGGACUAAAGACAUCUGGACUAUUUCCGAAAUUAAAUUCCAAGGCUGCCGGUCAGCCGCGGACAGUAAGGACAAUUAAGCGAAGACUGAGUGCCAAAGAUAUAACAAUCGGGCCAAAUCAAGAAGUGCGCAGAAGGCGUAUAAGAAGACUGUCAGCAAAUGUUGAGGUUAUAAGUACAACCACCAUAAAUCCAAUACCCACAAAUUAUUAUCCCAUACAUGCCAAAGAUUUAUUAGCUGCGGCUGCAGCCUCCACCACAACAGCUGCUUCCCUGUUCAAUACACAAAGCACAACAACUAAUGCAAAAUUAUCAUCCUCAUCGAAUGCAAUAAAUUCCUUGAACAUCAAUAAUAGUAACUCCUCGCCAACAUCAUCAUCAAGCAACGCCACCAGCACCAACACCACUGCCAACGAAGUUAAGGAACCCGAAACUAAACCCUUGCUACCAGCCCAUGGUCGUCGCUUAAGACAGCGGCCACCAAAAAGUUCGCCCAACACAAGUCGCCGUAAUUCGGUAUCCUCAAAUCAAUCAUCUGCCUCAUCGACAACGACCGCCGGGUCCUCGUCGUUGUCAUCCGCAUUAUCACACACCCAACAACAACAGCAUCAGCAUCAACACAAUUCACAAAACGCACAGCAAUCUCAUGAAGAUUUAAAACAAACUGUUAAUAAAUAUUUUGGUAUUGUUAAUCGCAUAGAAUCAGGAGAACAAUUCUCAAUACGUGCCAAACGUAAGCUACCCAAUGGCCAAAUGCAGUAUUUAAUAGAAUGGGGGGGAGGUGGUGAACAGCCGCUGCCGCAGUCACAGCCACCGGCGGACACAAAAUUAUCCCAGGAAGAAGAACAGAAUAGCCAAAAUCAUAAAAUGGAUGUGGUGGAAAAGGAAACAGCAGCAGCAACAACAACAGGAACAUCCACAGUCCCAACCGCCACCACAACCACCGCCACUGACGACAAAGAAAAUGAAUUACAACCAAAUGCUGAAAUAAAAACUGGAGGGGAUUAG